CAUUAUACCCACAACCAGCUCAACCACUGACAUCUGGCAGUCGAAUACCAAUCGACCCGUCUAGGAAGAACCUUCCGUUCGCAAGUCACCUUACUAGCACUGCUAGGCUGUUAACUUAGCUCCUUCACCUUAUCCUGUCCUUUCUCAGCCAGUUUUCGGGCGCCCCGCGUAACUCGAGCUCUAUCGCCAACUUUUGAACAUGGCGUCAAACUACGGAGACCUCACUCACCUCCUGCCGCUGACCUACAAGCAUACGAUCGCCACCUGGCUGGAGGAGGAUUGCCCCAGCUUCGACUAUGGUGGCUUCGUCGUCGGGGAAGCUCUCGGCGAAGCGAGGCUGUUGGGGAAAAGCAAGGGCGUUGUAGCUGGUGUGCCUUUCUUCGAUGAAGUGUUUGCACAGCUGGGUUGCACGGUUGAGUGGAAAGUCAAAGAGGGGGAAACGAUCGAACCGAUCACAGUAUGUGCGAUCGUUCGCGGCCCAAUGCGCAAGAUCCUCCUGGGUGAGCGGGUCGCGCUGAACAUCCUGGCCCGAUGCUCUGGGAUUGCUACGAAGACAUCUACCCUCGUCAAGAUCCUCCGCUCCCAUGGCUGGAAGGGAAUCAUCGCCGGAACCCGCAAAAACACCCCGGGCUUCCGGCUCGUGGAGAAAUAUGGCGUUCUUGUCGGCGGCGCGGACCCGCAUCGCCAUGACCUCAGCUCCAUGACCAUGCUCAAGGACAACCAUGUCUGGGCCUGCUACAAUAAAGGCCAGGCGGCGUCCUCCGUCUCGACCGCGACAAUAGCCCAGGCCAUCCCCACGGCCGUCGCCGCGGCGCGCGCCGCAGGAGGCUUCUCCAUGAAAAUCGAAGUCGAGUGCCGCAACAUCGAGGAAGCGAAUGCCGCCAUCGAUGCUGGUGCGAAUAUCAUCAUGCUUGAUAAUUUCUCCGCGGCUGAGGUGGGCAAGGCGGCGAAGCUGUUGAAGGACUCGUGGACGGCGAAGGGAAAACCGCGCGGCUCGUUUUUGAUCGAGGUCAGUGGUGGCCUCAACGAAAGCAAUGCGGCGUCCUUUGCGGCUGAGGAUGUCGACAUUUUGUCCACUAGCAGUAUUCAUCAGGGGGUUGGGAUUGUGGAUUUCUCACUGAAGGUCUCCUUGAAGUAGUAGUGAGUGUGCGGAUGAGGUGGGGUUUACGGCUUCAGGGAUAAGGUUAGAAAUAAACGGUGGGCGUUAGAUUACCUUACAUUCCUUAGUACAUAUAUCUAGUGCGUCAAUGGAAGUUCUAUUUCAUAUCUUUGGAAUUGUCAAUCAUUAUCGUCGCGUGUGAGAUUUGAAAGAUGGACAUUGUAUGACACUUAAGUGGUACUUCGACGUACUUUGUCCCACAUCGAUCACUGUUCCUCUUAGGAUUUGUAUUUGGCCAAAAGACCUCCCUUAAUUUAGUUAGAUUGUUAGGUAGCAAAUGAAGAUUCUUGUUCUGUGCG